AUGGUUGAGACCGUGAGCGAUGCUCUCGAAGUUGCAGAUCGAGUGGUAGGAAAUGGAGUGGGUUGGGGACCGGCAAUCACCUCGUCAAGAGCCACGCGAAUCUGGAACCCUGGAUCAGAGGACUACACAGCCGAAGAUGUCGUGACGGCCAUCCAAUAUGGUCUGGACGGCGGCGAGAUUUCUAAGCAUGGCGGCAGGCAGCCUGACAGCGUCCCGGCGACCUUGACGCUCUACGAGUGUGUUCCCGUGGCGAAGGGAGAGGUCAAAAUUGCCAUUGAUGGGGCCAUCCGCCGUGGAAUCGACGUCUUCAAGCCCCUCGCGUUUGGUGCCGAAUCUUGCUUUGCUGGGUGGAUUCUACUCUGGGGGUCUGGCUGUAAGUUUGCGGGCUGCUGA